AUGGAUCAAGAAUACAUCGGUCUGAAAGGUUGUCGUUACCUCGUGCUUGAUGAAGCCGACCGCAUGUUGGAUAUGGGUUUCGAGCCGCAGAUCCGACAGAUUGUGGAUCUUUCUACUAUGCCUCGGAAAGGUGAUCGCGUAACAGCUAUGUUCUCCGCGACGUUCCCCAAGAUAGUUCAGGUGCUCGCACAAGAUUUCCUGAUGCCAAACUACGUAUUUCUUGCAGUUGGUAGGGUUGGUUCGACUUCGGAAAAUAUUAUGCAGAAGGUGGUUUGGGUCGAAGAGCAUGAGAAGCGGUCUGGCGCUACUCCUAUACUGGUAGCUACGGCAGUUGCAGCUCGAGGGUUAGAUAUCCCUAAUGUGAAGCAUGUUAUCAACUACGAUCUACCUGCAGAAAUCGAUGAAUACGUCCAUCGUAUUGGUCGCACAGGGCGUGUUGGAAAUAUAAGGUCGGUGUGCGGACAUUGCGUUCUUCAAACGAGAGUAAUUCGCAACAUCGCUAGAGAUCUUAUGGACUUGAUCGUUGAAGCGAAUCAGGAGUUGCCAGAUUGGCUUGAGCGUGUCGCAGGCGAUGUGGCCCGAUUUGGAACUCGGAGCGGCGGAGGGCGU